AUGGGCAAUGAGACAUGUUGGCUAUGGGCCCAGAACCAGUUUGUUGCACCCCAGGAUCUGGUUCUUGAAUACCCAAAUAAUCUAGAUCUGAGUUCUUACAUUGGGAAGGUGCCAAGUGAAUUUUUGCCAUACAGAACAUUGUUCCAGAGGUUUGGCCUGAGAAAAGUACUUUCCAAUGAAGACAUUUUGGGCAUUCUGUACUCCAUCCAGCAAACAAUUGAAGCAAGACAACCGCCAUUUGCAAGUUCCUCAGAGGUCAAAGUGUCAAUAGAAAUUCUCAACUGGCUCUGGAAAGAGAAGAAAACAGUUCAGGAUGACAUCCCAGUGCCAGUCAUUGCUGAGGGAGGAAAAUUUACCCUUAAACCACGAUCAACAGCUCUUUUCUGUGAUGUAAGCAAAAAUGGACUGAAAGAACUAAACUGCAGAGAAGAGGAAAUUUAUGUCAUACAUGAGGAAAUCCCAAAAGCAGCGGCUGAAUGGCUGGAAAUUCGUUUUCUCAGUACCCACAUCCUUGAUCCAGAGGAGAUAGGAAUAGAGCAGUGUGGACAAUCUGAACCAAUAACAAUGAGAAUAAAAAACAUUCUUAAAGAGUACGAUGAAGACAGUGACAUCUUCAAAGAGCUCAUCCAGAAUGCAGAGGAUGCUGGGGCAGAUGUUUGCAAGUUCUUGGUGGAUUUCAGAGGAUAUUUUGAGGCCAAAGUCAAAAUCACAGAUGACUGUUUGAUACCCAAUGAGCAUGGAGUUUUGCAGUUUGCUAGUGAGCUAUUUUACAAUGACAGCCCAUGGAUGCCACUCACUUCAGGUGUCACAUUAUGUCACGAGAAUAUCCCACGAGCUAUGGCUCGCCACCUUGGAAUCAAAACAACAAGGCAUCAUACUCUGGAAAACCACAUAGUUGAUGACAUGUCACCAUUUGCUUUUGACUUUGAACAGCAGGAACAGCUGACUGUUCGUAUUAAAAACAUAAUUUCAGCCUAUCCAUCAAAGAAGGACAUCCUUAAAGAGCUUAUUCAAAAUGCUGAUGAUGCAGAAGCAACAGAAAUUCACUUCAUCUGGGACAAAAGACAACAUGGAAAAGAAAAAACAUUUGGGAAGAAAUGGAACAAUCUCCAGGGUCCAGCACUUUGUGUGUUCAACAACAAAGUGUUUUCUGAUGCUGACAUUAAGGGAAUUCAACAGCUGGGAGAGGGAGGAAAGCACAGAACCCCAGGGAAGAUAGGCAAGUACGGCGUUGGAUUCAACUCUGUUUACCAUCUGACUGACUGCCCUUCGAUCCUUACAGGAGAUGAAGUACUUUGCAUUUCUGACCCCAAUCAAAAAUACAUUGAAAAUCAUUCAAAUAACCAGCGAUAUGGCAUUGGCUAUAAACUAGCUGACACUUUCAAAGAAAUGUACGUAGAUGUCUACAAAUCCUUUCUUCCAGACAAAUUUUCUCUUAAAGACGGCACCAUGUUCAGAUUACCUCUGAGAAUGGGUACAAAUGCAAACACCUCCAAAAUAUCACAGCAAGGAGUCACUGACCGUGACAUGAAAGAACUGUGCUCUGCUCUGUCUGAAGAUCCUGAAGGACUAAUUCUCUUUCUGAAAAACAUCUGCAAAAUCAAAGUCCAUGAAAUCAGUGAAGAUUCAGGAGGACUUAAAACCAUCUUUGAGGUUGAAAAACAUCUGCCACAAAGAAGUCGGGACGAGAAAGAUACUUUUGUAAAACAUCUACAAAAUGCACUGCAAUCAGACAAAACAGUAACACCGCACAAGACUUUCUAUGAAACUGUGAUUUCCACCUCAGAUAAAAGACAAAGUAAGUGGAUUGUUGCAGAACAGUUUGGCUCCUUCAAAGACAGCUUUGAAUUAAAACUAUCAGACAAAAUUCCCCAAGCAUCAUUAGCUGCACGUGUGAACACAAAGGGAUCCAGCAUCAUGGAUUUUAAAGGAGAAGCCUUUUGUUCACUUCCUUUGCCAGGGAAAACUGGACUGCCAGUACAUGUCAAUGGAAACUUUGAGGUUGAUUCUGCCAGGACAAGCCUUUGGAAAGAAGAUGGGAAGAGUAAGAAAUCAGGCUGGAAUGAGAUUUUGAAACAGCACGUCAUUGCUCCGCUUUAUGCAGAUCUCCUGCAUUACAUCAGGCGCAGCAUUGCAGUCAAGAAAGUUUUCUCGAAAAUGUUUACCCAGACUGGCAUGAAAUGA